UAUUAUAUCCAUACCAUAUUUAACGGAAAAGUAUAAAAACCUACUCAGUUGGUAGGCAAGAACAAAAUGAAGAAGGAAAAAAAAAAAAAAGAAAAGAUUAUGCAUGCACGUUUCUCCCCUAUCAGUUAUACAUAUAUAUAAAAUGAAACUGAUUACAUCAUUAGGAUGUACACCUUUUUCCUUUAAUAAAUUUUUUUUUUGUUUUACAGAAUCACUUUAGUUAUUUCCUCAACUAUACUACUAUAUCUACACCUGGUGUUCUUGCUUCGGGGCGCCCUUAAGUAGUGCAAAGAAAUACUUCUGGAAGAUUUUUCUCCGAGCCAUCCACAUCAUUAACAGCAAGGAUUCUCUCAUCCCCCUCCUUGGAUAGAUCAUUUAGUCACGAUUGAGAAGUACGCUCUACUCCAUGUCAAGAGAUAUACCCCACACACCAAACGAGGUGAGACCGUUGAUUGUGGGACGGUCCACUGACGACGAACUUGAACGUGGCGUUGUCACUGGUGCCAGUGCAGGCACCGCCUCAGCCUCCUCUGGUACUUAUGGGGCAGCCCAGCUGGACCUCGAUGAUGUACAAUCUAAGCGAGACGACGAAAGUACAUGGGGCGAAGAGUUGGCAUACCGAGCCAAGAAGUUUUCGAAACGGAGGUUCUGGUGGUUCUGUUCAGUGGGAAUCAUUUUUAUGAUAAUAUUCGAAUUAUCCUUCUUACCUAGAACUUCACUCUCUCGUGAUUUUAGACGAUGGUAUAAACUCCAUCUUACCAAGGCAGACGUUAAACGGAACUUUUUAGUAUACAGUGGCAUCAACAGAAAGUACGACAAUAUCACAAAUGAACAGCUGCUUGUAUGGUGGCUUGGGAAUUUCACAUCCCUCAAUACCAAGAGUGGCGUCAAUUUGGUAGCAGAGGAUAACCAUGACUUAGUCUCAUUCGUAGAGAAAAACUUUAAAAAGUUUGGAUUUGAUACUAAGUCGUACAGUUACGAGGUAUCAUCAAAAUUACAUGAUCCAAUUUCUUCAUCACUUCGAAUAGUUGCACUGGAUGAUGAAGAUGGGUACCUAUAUAAUGCCAAGCUAUACGAGGAGGGCUACAAGACUCCAGCAUACUACUCAUACGGAUAUAACGGUUCCGUAUAUUCAAAGUAUUUGUAUGUGAACCAAGGUACUAAGGAAGAUUAUGAAUUACUUUUGAAGAACAAAAUCGAUCCUCAAGGUAAAAUUGUCAUUGUUAGAUCGAUAAAUAACAACCUCAGUGUAGGGGAAAAAGUAUCUGUAGCUCAAUAUUUUGGAGCUAGUGGAUUUGUUAUGUAUCAAUAUCCCUUGGAUGGAACUACUAGAGAGAAUGAGAAACUUAGUUCACUAGCUAUUGAACGCAACUCAUUGCAUGGUGUCGAGGGAAUCAACAUCCCGUCUAUCCCAAUAAGUUAUAAGGCCGUUACACCAAUUUUAGAUACUUUGAGUGAACCAAGUGGACCAUUCAAGAACUGGAGCCGUUCCCCAACUCCUGCUUCCAAUAAACUUAAUCUUCGAUUGAGUACAAAUUUCAAUUGUAAGCCAGAUAAGGGUCGAAAACUCACCAAUGUAGUGGGAACAAUAGAAGGUAUUUUACAGGAUGCAGAGGUGAUCAUUGGAGCCAGUAGAGACUCAUUCACAUCUACCAAUCCAUUAAGUGGCCAUGCCAUUAUGAUGGAAAUAAUGAAGGGGUUCCAAAGAUUGAGAAAAUCAGGCUGGAGACCAUUAAGAAAUAUUAAAUUUGUUUCUUGGGAUGGAACUCAUAAUGGGUUAUUGGGGUCCCAAUUCUUCUUUAACGAUACUAGUGCUUAUGAUAAAAGAAUGCCUGUUUUAGCAUAUGUGAAUAUAGAUGGAGACGCGGUCAUGGGCGCACAAUUCAAGGUUGAUUCCAAUCCUGCGCUUGACCACCUUAUUAAAAACGUUGCCAAAUAUGUACCUAUUCCUAAGGAUUCUUCUCAGUAUAAGACUCUAUUCAUUGAUGAUGAAGAACAGGAGAUACUCGAAGACGAUAUUAAUGUUGGAGGAAGUAUUGGACAUGGAAGUACUUCCUUAUAUCACUAUUGGAAGAAACAAGACAACAAUAGUAUUAACAACAUUAUCGGUGACCUGAUUAAGGAUCUGGAUGCAUUAAAUUUUCAACAACAUUUAGGAGUUCCAGUUGCCAAUAUCAAAUUUAGUAAUGUCCCGAAACGAGACCCUUCAAUAUAUACCCAUAAUUCCAACUAUUAUUCACUUGAUUGGAUUGAAGGAUGUGACAUUGAUAGAGACAUGCUCUUACAUGGUCUGUUGGUACGCUACUUGGGUUUACUUACACUCUCUUUAAGUGAACAUGAAAUUGCUGAUCGUAGAUGUACACCAUAUGCCCAAAAAAUGAAGAGCUUUUUCAAUGAUACAUUAUAUUAUAAUGGCAAUAUAUUAGAAAAAUGGAGUUCAAAAGAAGUUCCUUUGUAUUUGUUGAAUAAAGCUGACAUUUACACAGAUUUGCUCAAACGGGAAGCAUCCAAUAUACCUGAUACAACCAUGGAAGAAAAUGGUGUUGUUCUUUUUCUGAAUUUAACAACUCAAUUGAAUGAGUUAAUUGGCCAACUUGAUGGCCAAGCGAAAAUAUAUGACGAAUACAACAUUAAUGUCGAAGAAGAUCUUAUUAAGGAUUAUGCUUGGUAUCAUCUGUACAUGAAGGUGAAACUUUAUGCCCAAUUUAAGGUGGCAAAUUACAAAUUACUUAGGAUCGAACAGGAGUUAAUGUUGCUACCUCAAGAUUACAAGUACUUGUAUCAUAACAAGACGGAAUCAGAUUGGUUUCAACACAUAGUGUACGGAUUAUCACGAUUCCAAGUGGAAAACCCCGCCGAUUACUACAAGAAUAGGGAAAAACGAGGAGUUUUCCCUGGCAUUCAACUGGCAUUGGAGGAUGAAGAUUUUGAUCAAGCAAUCAGGUGGAUGGUAGUAACGUAUGCAAAGCUUAAGGGAUUUUCAAGGAAAUUGACUUAAACAUAUAGGCGAAUUGGAAACACAGAAGAGUGAACAAUAGAAUAUUAUGGUUGUGCAUUCAUUUUUUUUAGGAACGGAAGUGAAAUAUUUACGGAAGGAUACAGGGUGGUUUUGGAAUAUAUUAAAUUAGCUUUGAUAGUGAAUAUAAUUUUAGCGAUA